AUGGUCAUUUUUCCUACCCCACCCCAAACUCUGAAUCUGUUUGGAUCUAAAACCACAACCACGUCAUCCCCGACUCAGCCGACUGUGGUUUCAUCCGCUGAAUCACAACAAACAGGCUCACUGUUCUCGACGUUGACCAGCGGAACACAACAGAACACGAGUGCUAGCGGUGGCCUGUUUGGUCUGUUUGGAUCAGCCUCACCCACUCCCAGCGGUGGAAGCCUCUUUGGUGGAUCAACAUUGAGCGCCAACACCACCUCACCGAGUUCACGUACAGGUGGUCUCUUUGGUGCCACGUCCACAACUAGUGGACUGUUUGGCUCCGUCUCCGUAACGAGCUCUGCUGGCGGACUUUUCGGUAGUUCCACGGUUGCACCCACCCCAGCAACAGCAUCUACUAGUCUUAUGAGUGGUGGUCUCUUUGGUAGUCCUGGUGCCCCUGCAAGUUCCACAACAGGCAGUGGACUUUUUGGAGGAGGCGCAAGCGGAACCGCCCCAUCUACUAAUACUGGUAGUCUAUUCGGUUCCCGUCCAUUGUUCGACAGUUCUGGAUUUGGUGCAGCUGCUACACAGCCCGCCUUUGGAGUUGGUGGUGCUGCCGCAUUCGGAACGACUGGUGGCAGUCUUCUCGGCGCAGCUCCGUUUUCCGGAUCUACGAACACCGGCGGUUCUUUGUUUGGCUCCUUGGCUACAGCUCCUCCAAGCGGAGGGUUGUUUGCGGGUUUGGCCGCGAAGACGGACGGGCCCACGUUCGGCAGUUUAGCUAUGGGCUCACCUCUGGGGCAAACCCCUCCUGCAUCUCCCUUCGGCUNUCUAACUCCUCUAGUCCCAGAAGCUUGUUCUGAGUCGGAAUCUCCGUCUCCUGGUAGUCCACCUCCGACCUUUUAUUCAAAAGCGAAAGAUUAUUGGGUUCAGGUGCCGGCCACAGUAGAUGGUAUGCUUGGUGGCUACUCAUCGUUGAAUGUUCCGGAUAUGCAAGAUUCACACGCAUUCCUUGAUAAGUACGGACCAAAAACUACGGCGUAUGCGCUAGAUUGCGGUUCCGGGAUCGGUCGCGUCACGAAACAUCUCCUAUUACCUCGAUUCAAUUUAGUCGAUAUGGUGGAAUUGAAUCAGACAUUCUUGGAUCGUGCCGAAGAAUAUAUUGGGGCGGCUGAUUUCGCUUCUGUUGGAGAGCGAUUUUGCGCUGGACUCCAGCGGUGUGCUCAGGCACUUUCCCCUGGCGGUCGUAUUGUGGUGAAAGAGAAUGUGACCAUGGGUGAAUCCGACGACGCCAUAUUUGACGAUGUGGACAGUAGCUUCACACGAUCACGGAUGGCUUUUUUGAAUGCGUUCCGUGAUGCGGAACUCGAGGUAACUGGUGAAGAGCUGCAGACGAAUUUUCCUGCCUCCAUUUACCCAGUCCGUAUGUUCGCCUUGAGAUUGACUGAAACGGAACCCCCUCCACCCGAACCGCUUUCGUCCGAGGGAUAG